UCCAUAAUUGUGAUGUGCAAUAUCUCUGUUUGGUGUUUACCCUGAACCAUAAACAAACAAGAUGAUUCACUAUUUAUAUUACACAAGAGAGUCUCACUUUUCUUACAUCCACAACCUCACAUAAACCCCCCUUUCUUUCUCUCUGUAUCAACAACAACUUGGCUUCUUCUUCUUCAGAUCAAUGGGUCAUCUAUGUUUUUCACUGUCAUUACUUCUUGUUCUAGUUCUAACUUUCUUAAGCAGAGGAGAAUCAAAAACUUAUUGGGGAGAUAUAGAAGGCUUAAAAUCACUUAAAAAAGGGAUUACCGCAUCAUCUAUAACUCCAGGGUCUUGUUUAAGUUCAUGGGAUUUCUCUGUUGAUCCAUGUGAUAAUCUUUACAGUUCUAAAUUCAGUUGUGGGUUUAGAUGUGACGGAAUCGUCAUUGCUGGGUUUAAACGAGUUACCGAAAUCAGUUUUGACAGAGCUGGUUAUACCGGUUCUUUGUCUUCUUCAACUUUCACUUUCCCUUACUUGGAAACUCUUGAUUUCACAGAUAAUUCUUUCACUGGGGUGAUUCCGAAUUCUUUAUCUAAUUUGGUUCGUCUCAGGAAACUGUUUCUCUCUGGUAAUUCGUUCUCUGGUUACAUACCAAAUUCCAUUGGUAGCUCUCUGACUCAGCUUGAAGAGCUUUACCUUGAUAACAAUCAUCUUCAGGGUUCAAUUCCAGCAAACUUCAAUAAUCUUGUGAGCUUGAAAAGAUUGGGUCUUCAUCAAAACAAACUCAAUGGUGGAAUUCCAAACUUGGGUUCUCUGAAAAACUUAGUCUUUAUAAACUUAAGCAACAAUCUCAUCUCCGGUAAAAUCCCAGAGAAUUUACCAGCAACACUAGUACAGAUUUUAAUGAGAAACAAUUACUUAACAGGAAAUCUUCCGAUUACUCUAAGAAAUCUGGGUUCUCUGCAAGUGAUUGAUUUGAGCCAUAAUCUGCUCUCAGGAACUGUAUCAAUAUUCGAUCACCCAUCAUUACAACAAGUAACACUGUCUCAUAACAAGUUUCAGUCAUUACAAGAGCCAAGAAAUCUAAUUCAGAGCGAGUUAUUAGCAUUAGAUAUAAGUUACAAUGACUUGCAUGGAGAAUUACCAGUUUUCGUGGCGAAGAUGAAGAAGAUUUCAGCUUUAUCGUUAGAGAAGAAUAAAUUAACAGGGUUGAUACAUCCACAGUACGGAAUCAAAACUGUUUCUCCAGAAAUUGGGGUUUCACCGUUUGUGAGGUUAUUACUUGGUGGGAAUUAUUUACAUGGUCCGAUUCCUAGGCCAUUAAUUGGUUUGAAACCUGGUUCUGCUGUUGUAAGUUUGAUUGAUAACUGCUUAUAUCGUUGUCCGGCGAAGUUAUUUUUCUGCAGAGGUGGAGUUCAGAAAUCAUUAAUAGACUGUAACAAGAAUUUAUCACCUUAAAUGUUCAAAUUCCUUCAUUCAAUUCAAUGGGGGGCUUUUGCUAAUUAAUUUCUUCUGUAUUUUUUUUCAUUUUUUUAUUAUUUUUUUGUGAUCUUGGGGUUGGGGAUGUAAAUGUAAUAAAAUGGAAAUGACAAAGCUAAAAUGGACUUUUACUUGGUCUGAAAAAAGAUCAAUUAUUUUUUUUA